GCUUGCAGACCCAGUACAGUUGUGCACAACUUCAGACCAAAUGCAAUCUUUCACAAGAUGAGAGCACAACGGAAGGAAUGGGUUAAAGAUUUCCGUCCACCGUGCUAACACAGGAAAAUGAAUCGUCUAUAGCCAGUUACACUUCAGACAGACCAGGAUACUGUGGAUAUCAUCAAGCUUUUGUUCCUUUCUUGAAGUUUCUCGGGAGGUUUCUUGCUGUUUGGCAGCCACCAUGCUUCCUUUCCUCACAAAGAGCGUCCCCCUAAUCUUCCACCUCUUCCUAAAUCUCAGUUUGUGUCUAAUGGGCUGGACACACGCCCUGAGGGGAGACAACUGCCCGAGCUCUCAGUGGAACGUGAUGUGUCGCCCGUGUUGUGAGUACCACCUGAUCCAGUGUCGGUGUCCAUCAAAAGGCACAAGGGUAGGCUACACUGUUCCCUGCUGCCGCAAUGUCCUGGAUGAAUGUGACCCCUGUAUUGUUCAUCCAGGCUGCAGUCUAUUUGAGAAUUGUAAAACCUGCAACAAUGGAACAUGGAGAGCUAAUGAUGACUUCUUCGUGAAUGGGAAGUAUUGUACUGAGUGCCGUCAAGGCUGGAGUGGAGGGGAUUGUAAAACAUGUGGAGGCAUCAUUCAGCGAGCUCAGGGUCACAUAGCCCUGGAGAGUUACCCAACAAAUGCUCGAUGUGAAUGGAUAGUGCAAAUGGAGAGGGGAAGCAGUAUCCAGCUCAGAUUUUCACUGCUGAGUUUGGAGUCUGACCACAGCUGUCGUUACGAUUACGUCGAGGUCCGUGAUGGUGACAGCCUGACUUCUCCUGUGAUUGGUCGGUUUUGUGGGGAUCAGUUACCUCCUCCAAUAAAAAGCUCAGGGAACUUCCUACACAUUCUCUUCACCUCUGAUGGCUAUAAUAACUUUGAUGGCUUUGUUCUUACAUUUCAGAAAAUUUCAGUGUCAGCCAUCAAGAAUGUAGCAUGCGCAGCACCAGACAAACCAGUGAAUGGAUACCUGCUGCCUGUAUAUGGUCCAGAAGAGGAGCUCAUAUUGGUAAACUACCGGUGCCAGCCACCUUUCAGGCUGAUUGGCAUGCAGCAGAGGACCUGUCUACCUAAUGGCACAUGGAGUGGCACUGCUCCCUCAUGUGUAAAAGGUCCAACAAGCCUGGUCCGGUGCGCUCCUCCACCCAAACUGCUCCACGGAUAUCACAGACCUGCUCUUGACUCAGCUGGAGGUGCUGAGACAAUUGAGUUUUUCUGUAAAACCUCCUACAUUUUAAGUGGAAACCACCAGAGUACCUGUCUCUCUAAUGGAUCCUGGAGUAGCAGGUCACCAAAGUGUGUUAGAGUCUGUCGAGAACCCAGAGUUUCUGAACUUGUACGGCAAAGUGUUGUGAAGCCACACCUAUUGCUAAGACAGCGUUCAGAUCAGACUCACCUCUCAUCCGGAUACAGCGUGGAUGAUUUGUUGUCCGCUGGCUUUAUUCCACUAACAUCCGGUGGAUUGUCCAGAGAGAAAAAUGAUGACACCUCUUUGGCCGAGAUACCUCGAGGUUUUCACCCAGUUUACACUAGCAUCGACUACAAGUGUGCUUCACCUCUCUAUCGAAACAAAGGAAGCUCUCGACGCACCUGUCUGAAGACUGGAAGGUGGAGUGGGCACUAUGUUUCCUGCUCACCAGUUUGUGGCAAAUUUGACGCUUUCAGCAGACACAACCUCUCCGACGCUCAGUGGCCGUGGCACGCAGCCAUUUAUAUCCGCUCACCACCUGAUCACACUGCGAGCACCUACACGUCCCCUGGAAGGAUCAUAACAGACCAGCAGGGGGCCUCAGAGGAGUCCACAUUCUGGUUCCUGGCCUGCAGUGGAGCUCUUGUCGCCCAGCAUAGAGUCCUGGUGGUGGCUCAGUGUGUGGUAGACAAGAACAAGCAGCAGCACAUUCAGCCUGAACAUGUGAAGGUUGUCAUAGGCAAGCAAUACCAUACACCCAGGGAUGUGUUGAAAAGCCAGCACCACCUGAGGGUUUCAGAGAUAGUAGUCCAUCCAAAUUUUUUCUCCUCACCAGACUCUGAUGUGGCUGUGCUUAAGCUAAAAGACAAGGCCAAGAUCAGAGAGCGCGUGUUGCCUGUGUGUCUACCCAAAACGCAAGGAGGGGAGGUGACUGCGCAGGAGGCUUACACCGCGAGGUGGAUUUUACCAAGCAAUCCGAGGCACCUGGGCCACUCUGCAACCUUGAGCCUGACAAAACUUGUUGAGCUGACUGAUGUUACUCAUUGUGAAAGAGAAUUUGCUCAAGGAGGGGCACAUACCACAGCGAUCAGUGACAAUUCAUUGUGUGUCAUUAGCAAACCGUCCAGUCCUCAGAGCGCCUGCCCAAUUGUUAUUCCAGGCAUCACAACCAUGCCAGCUGUGUUUUCAUCCACAAGGGCUGUCUUGUCAGGUCACGAGGAUACUCACCGAGCCUCUAGUGCAGGCUGGCAGCUGCUUGGUUUAGAGAGAGCAACAUCUUUUGAGAAAAACAACUGCAACCAACCGAGUUACACAGUUCACACACAAAUUGCAAACUUUCAAGACUGGAUAGAGCAACAUGUGAAAUAGGUGCUUUUGGUACAAUCUUAUAAAAGGCAGAAUUUCAGCAAUGUUAAUAAUUAAAUCUGAGUUCUGUAUAUUUCAGUGCUGCUAAUUAUGCAAAACAAACUAAACUAAACUGGUUUUAAGCACCUAAUGCAUACCUACUUCCUAUACUACCACGUGAUCGUUAGAACUCUAUUAUGUGUUUGCACCUGCAGCGAUCACUCCCAUAUAAAACACAUCCUCAUGCUUCUAAGAAUAAAUUGCUGUAAUAAAAAAGACAGACAACUGUUGACCUAUUUAUUCUCAAAACAUGUGUAGUUAUGUAAUUAUUGACAUCUAAAACAUUAGUUCCAAGCAGUUAUUGUUUUGUUUUUUUAGUAAAGCUAGUUGAUUUAUAAAGUAUAUUGUGUGAAACAUGUAACAUGCUUUUCUACAAUAUAAAUUGCACAAUAUGCAUUAAAAAUGUGUAUUUCUGCAUCAUUUAACUUUUUGCCAUUUCAAGUAAACUUUAAUUGUGUUAUAUUUACAAUCUAUUUACAA